UGCUUUCAGAGUCUCGGAGCAGUUUUUGUGUCUCACUAUUUUUAAGUAUUUCAAGUUGUGAUAGCGCAAGUUGGUGAUGGAAAACAGGCUCUGAGUCACUGGUGGAGGGAGGGGCUUCAUUUUGAGUCAUGCCUAGGACACUUACAAAACAAUAAAUUGCACUGGUCACAAAUCCACAAUGUCAGGUACUUCUCAGAUUUUCCAGGGGCCACUUCCUCCUAUCUUCAAUUUUCCCACAACUACAGUUCUACCUCUUAACGUCUUCAUGUGUUUAAUAAGAAGCAGAACGUUCCUGUGGUGGUCCCUGGCACUAAGUUCCCCAGGACUGGCCAAUCUUAGAGGAUAACAACAAUCUGGACCGCCCAGCUCCCACCCCGUUCGUCUCCCAAAUUCUCCAAGACCUUGACCACGACAGACUGGGCAGGUUUCCAUUUCAAUUCUCCUUCGCUCUCUGACCAAAACUCUCAUGUAUGCGAAGCCCUCAUCACCCUCUGAGAGUCUGCGCAACUUGGGACUUCGAGCCAAGACAUCCUCAAGCGACCAGAUUUCAGCAAAACCUACGAACACAGUCAAAUACAAGUGUCAAAUGAUUUAUUGUGUAGUGUUUCCUACCUACACGGUCGCGCCCGAGGAGCAGCCCUGUAUUGCCUCAUCCACGCCUCGCCGUGACGUCACACAGGGCGCCGGGAAAUGGCCGCCGGGCUCCUACGUCAUUCGGUCGCGCAGAGUUGGUUGUUGCUGUACAGUUGCUGGGAGGAGGCGAGAAGUGGGGUAGCUGGGGCAAAGGAUCGUGCAGUACAGCGAAAGGUUUCCAGGGCAGCAGAGGCCGCUGGGCUGGCGAUGAAAGAAGCAGGGCAGAUGCAAAAUCUGGAGAGCGAGGGGGCCGGACGGUCAGUCAGCACCCAGACUGGCAGCAUGACCGGUGAAAUACCAAGGCUUUCUAAAGUCAACCUUUUCACUCUGCUCAGUCUCUGGAUGGAGCUCUUCCCAGCAGUCAAAAGUCAAAGACAAAAGUCUCAGGAAAGGGAGGAAGGCAAGCAUGGACCCUUAGGAGAUAAUGAAGAGAUGGCCAGAGUAUCUACUGACAAAAAACAGGUGAAGAGAACUGGUCUUGUGGUGGUGAAAAACAUGAAAAUUGUUGGUCUCCACUGUUCAAGUGAAGAUUUACAUGCUGGGAAAAUCGCUCUGAUAAAACAUGGGUCAAGGUUGAAAAACUGUGAUCUUUAUUUUUCCAGAAAACCAUGUUCUGCUUGUUUGAAAAUGAUUGUAAAUGCUGGAGUUAACCGAAUUUCAUACUGGCCUGCUGAUCCAGAAAUAAGCUUGCUUACUGAGGCUUCUAGUUCUGAAGAUGCAAAGUUAGAUGCCAAAGCAGUGGAAAGAUUGAAAUCAAACAGUCGGGCCCAUGUGUGUGUCUUACUUCAGCCUUUGGUGUGUUAUAUGGUGCAGUUUGUAGAGGAGACCUCUUACAAAUGUGACUUUAUUCAAAAGAUUUCAAAAACAUUGCCGGACACUAACAUUGACUUUUAUUCUGAAUGUAAACAAGAAAGAAUAAAAGAAUAUGAAAUGAUAUUUUUGGUUUCCAGAGAAGAAAUGCAUAAGCAAAUACUGAUGACUAUAGGUUUGGAGAACCUGUGUGAAAAUCCGUACUUUAGCAAUCUAAGGCAAAACAUGAAAGACCUUAUCCUUCUUUUGGCCACAGUAGCUUCCAGUGUGCCCAACUUUAAACACUACGGAUUUUAUUGUAGCAAUACCGAACAGAUUAAUGAAAUUCACAAUCAGAGUUUGCCGCAAGAAAUUGCAAGGCACUGCAUGAUUCAGGCCAGGUUAUUGGCAUAUCGAACUGAGGAUCAUAAAACAGGAGUUGGAGCAGUCAUCUGGGCAGAAGGAAAAUCUAGAAGUUGUGAUGGAACAGGAGCAAUGUACUUCAUAGGAUGUGGUUAUAAUGCUUUUCCUGUUGGAUCUGAGUAUGCUGACUUCCCGCACAUGGAUGACAAACAGAAAGACAGAGAAAUAAGGAAAUUCAGAUACAUUGUACAUGCAGAACAGAAUGCCUUGACAUUUAGGUGUCAAGAGAUAAAACCAGAAGAAAGAAGUAUGAUUUUUGUGACAAAGUGCCCAUGUGAUGAAUGUGUACCUUUAAUUAAAGGUGCGGGCAUAAAACAAAUCUAUGCAGGGGAUGUAGAUGUUGGAAAAAAGAAGGCAGACAUCUCUUACAUGAGAUUUGGGGAACUUGAAGGUGUUAGCAAAUUUACAUGGCAACUGAAUCCAUCAAGAACUUGUGUUCUUGAGCAAAAUGAGCCUGAAAGCAGAGAGAAUGGUGUGUUGGGACCCAUACCCCAGGAUGAAGAACAGCACCAAAACAAGAAGCUGCGUCUUGCAAACCACUAAGAAGUCUUGUCUAAACUGGGGUGAAGGCCUCAAGAAUUUUUAUUGCACUUUUAAAAUCCAGCCUUGUUAACUCAGAAAAUAAGAAUGGAUUUUGGAUAUAAUUGAAAAAUUUUUAAAGAAAGCUAAUUUAUUACUAGCAUAUGAAUGAUAUUAAUGAGAAUAUUUUUAUUUUAGAUUUGUGUGUUUUCCAGAGUAUAGUGGUGUGUUUUUUUAUUACACUGAAUGAGGUAUCAGUAAUUUAAUGAGACCAGUUCAGUCGGCCAUACAGAUUGAUUUCUCCUUGUCUUAGCUUUACAUUAACCAGUUUGAAAGGGGCUGGUUUAUUGGAGCGUACAUCUCAGCAGAGAAUUACAUACCUUUUCAGAAAUAUUAAUUCUUUUUUUUAAUAAAUUUAUUUAUUUUAUUUAUUUAUUAUUUUUGGCUGCG